UGCUGCGGCAUCCGUCGUGCUCACCUCACCCAGACUUCUCCCACGUGUGCCCCAACGCCUGGGUCGGUUUCCAAGGGAAAUGCUAUUAUUUUUCGGACACAGAGAGUGCCUGGAACAGCAGCAGGGAGCACUGCCAGCGCCUCGGAGCUUCCCUGGCCACCGUAGACACCGAGCAGGAGAUGGAAUUCAUGCUGCGGUACCGGCACCCGGCAAACUGCUGGAUUGGGCUGCACAGGGAAGAAGGGGACGAGCGCUGGACAUGGGCCGAUGGCAGCGCCUUCACCAACUGGUUACUGCUGCGAGGCGGAGGCCGAUGUGCGUACCUGAAUGGGGACGGGAUCAGCUCAGGCCUGUGCCACACGGAGAAGUACUGGGUCUGCAGCAGAGCCGACAGCUACGUGCUCUGGAGGGAGGAGACAUUUCCACAGUGACAGAGCCCAUCCACACUGAGCUCGUUCCAGUGCUGCUGGGCACUGCCAUGCCUUCACUGUGUACUGGAAUCUGCCUCUUUCCAGCACUGCUGCACUUGUUCCUGCAUGGAACCACCCAGCUGUGCUCCUCAGCAUCUCUCAGGAAGCAUGUAUAAUUGCACUUUGCCUUAAAGGGAGGAUCCUCUAAGGGUCCUUCAAGGUCACAGCACCAUGGAACGAUCCCGUGGUGCUGACCCCCUGUGCCUGGACCCAAGGCUGGGGCUGUUUCUCCUCUCCUUGUGGGCUCUGUGUCACAUCGCGGUGCCAUCACCGUGGCACAGAGCGGUGCCAUCGCUCCCAGCCGCCCUCUGACUGCGGCUCUGGGUGCUGUCGCUCCCGGCGCUGUUACAGGGCCUGCGCAGAGGGUUGAUGCAGUCAGUGUCUGCUCAGCUGCUGCAUUUUGUAUUUUCAUUUUGUAAUAGCAUUUAUUAAAGUCACUGUUUAUAGGA